AUGCUGCCGGUUGCAACGUCCAAGGGCGAGAAGCCCACAUGUGCAGAUGACACCAGGCCUGGCACAACAUAUGGGAAAGUGCGCCUGCCGAACUUGAAGGUGGAGUCCGUGCUGCGAAGUCAGCAGCCCCGGGAUAAGAAUGACAUCACAAUUAUCACGCAGUGCUCCCUUGACAGGUUGUACAUGUUAGAGGAGCAGUGCAACACCUGGCAGGGACUCACCAGCGUGGCAGUGUAUUACCCUCUGUACAUCUUCCAGUCCACCAAUGCUGACAGGCUGCGCGAAGCCAUCACCACCGUGGAGAACUUCCAUGAGCAGAUUGACCGCAGCCAUGGGAAAUGCCGGAUGGACAUUGUGCUGCUCUCUGAGGUCAUUAAGCCGCAUGAUGAGUGGUCCUACCCCUACAACGCCCUGCGUAACCAUGCGCUCGUUCGCUCAGAAACCGAUGUGCUGCUGCUGCUUGAUGCUGACUUCCUGGUCAGCGAGGGUGUGCAUGAGGCGCUGACUGCCACAGACAAGGCAGCAGCGCUCAUGGAGGACCUGACAGCCAACAAGAAGAUAAUUGUGCUCCCCGCAUUCGAGACUCCUCGCACUUUGAGCGAAGAGACCGGCAAAUCAUACGCGCUCCAAGCUCAAGCCAGCACAAAGGCUGAGCUGAAGAGCAUGUUUGACGAGGGGAAGAUCAUCCAAUUUGCAGACUUUUACCCUGUGGGCCAUGGCUCCUCCAACUACAAGAAGUGGUUUAGCUCAGAGGGCACGGAGCCCUACCCGAUCACAUACAAGACUGGCUACGAGCCAUAUGUGUUGGUCAACAGGCGCACUGUGCCCUGGUAUGAUGAGCGCUUCAGGGGCUAUGGCUGGGACAAGGUGAUGCAGAUUUACCACAUGGACGCGGCGGCCUUCCACUUUGUGUCCCACCCCAACGCUUGGGUGAUGCACCGGCCGCACCCCAACUCGGCAGGCUACAACCGGUCCUUCACUGGGGAGGCGUACUCGACUAACCACAAACCCACGGAUCACAUGAUGAAAAUGGAGAAGAUUGCACAUGGAAUGAUGGACGAGCUGAAGGUCGGCACAUACCCGGAUGUUGGGGUGACUCAGCUCGCAGCCUGCAGGGAAAAGUGGUCCGGGGGCAAGGACACAAGCAAGCCAAAGCUUGUCUGGUGGUAGGCGCAUGCUGCUUGUUGACAGCGAGCCUCUGUUCUGAUACUGGUGCUGCAAAACUUGGUAGAUGUGGUAGCGUUUUUGUGUGGGUCUUGAGCUGCAUGUCAGGCUGCUCUGGUACCCCUAGGUUGCAAUUGCAACUUGUUUUCCUCAAGUAGGCUGCCAGGAGGACUGCAGUGUGAAUCACGCAACAUGCACCAGUAGCAAUUUCAGCAUUCCUGCUGGAUGCAUUCUUUGGCUGCGCUUAGUUCAAUGAGCUGCGCUUGAAUGGUCUGCAACAUUACCAUGUUCAGCCUUAGACCUUGCAUGCACUUUUGAACCAUGGCAGAAGCUGCAAUUGAAUGCAAGGAUCAUUCAGUGGUUGCCACCUAGACUUCAGUUGUUACCUUGAAUGGAACAAGCUCUCAAUCAACGCCCACUGGGUGUUGAUGGCAUCCGGUGCAUGUGCCAGAAGGCUUAUCCAUUACCCAGCCAGAACCCCAGUAAUAAUAAUUGCGACGC